CAUGGCGGACGAGCACGAGGGUUCGAGCGAUUCUGGUGACGAAUUUAGAAUAAAUACAGCUUAUGCUGAGAGAUACAACACAUGGAGACGAAAGGAAGAACUUCAGAAGUUGAAGGAUCGGUAUGGAGAUGAGGAUGAAUCGUCGUCGACAUCUGAAGAAGAAGAUGAAGAUGCUGAGGCUCUAACACCUCAUGUUGAGAAGGCCUGGCUCCGAGCAUAUGCUGCAGUCAAAUCGAAAGACCCAAAGAUCUACCAGUCCGUCAAGUUCUUUGACAGCGAGGAUGAAGAAAGUGAAUCAGAUUCUGAUGAGGAAGAAGAGAAGAAAAGCAAAGAGAAGCCUGUUUAUUUGAAAGAUUAUGAGAGGAAGGUCAUCCUUGAGAAAGGAGGAAAACUGAGUGACGAGAGUGAGGAUGACCAAGAGAUGAUCACGCCGGGACCGAGCUACUUCGAAGAACAAGAUGAAAUCAAGAAAAGUAUCAAGGAAGUAGUGGGUUCAGACUCUGACUCAGAAGAUGACCUGCUGCAACAGAGGAAAAAGACGAAAGAGGAAGAGGCAAAAGAAGAAGCUGACUAUCUGCAGUGGUUGAAAGGACAGAAGUCAACCUUAGAAGAUGAACAAGUUGGCAUUGAAUUGGAUCCUCUACGGAAUUACUGGAAUGAUCCCAAGCUGGAGCCCGGCGAGAAAUUCCUCCGUGAUUAUAUUCUGAAUAAACGUUACAUCGACAAAGAUGAUUAUGAAAGAAUUCCGACAUAUGGGGAAAUAGUGGAUGAAGAAGAUUUAUCGGACGAUGAGAAAACACUUGAGAAACAGGAAACAUUUGAGCGGAAAUAUAACUUUAGAUAUGAGGAACCUGACCCAGAAUAUAUCAAGAGUUACCCCCGAACCAUCGAAGACACCGUCAGGAGGACAGACGAUCGGAGGAAGGUCAAACGACAGGAAGUCAAGGAAAGGAAGGAAAAGGAAAAAGAGAAGAAACAGGAAGAGUUGAAACAGCUGAAAAAUCUGAAGAAAAAGGAGAUCAUGGAGAAACUGAAUCAGUUGAAGGAGAUCACCGGGAAUCCAAAUGUUGGAUUUAACGAGGACGAUCUGGAGGGCGAUUUCGAUCCUGCUGAGUAUGACAGGAAGAUGCAGGCUGUUUUUAAUAAUGAGUAUUACGAUGAGGCAGAAGACGAACAGAAGCCUGUGUUUGAUGAUGACGAGGACCUGGGUCUUGAUGAAGAUGACUGGGACAACUGGGAUUAUGGGGAAGAAGAAGAGCAUGAACCUCACUGUGAGGAUGAAGACUUCAAUAUGGAUUGUGACUAUGACCCAAGUCAGCCGAAGAAGUCCAAGAAGGAAAGGAAAUCUAAACUUGCCCAGGCAGUAGCAGCAGCUAAACCAAAAUUCGACCCAGCGGACAAAACAUUUGAACAGUACUUUGACGAAUAUUACAAACUAGAUUAUGAGGAUAUCAUUAAUGACCUGCCAUGUCGGUUUAAAUACCGCCAGGUUCCAGCUAAUGAUUUCGGAUUAUCAACUGGUGAGAUUUUCAAAUGUCGCGAUAAAGAAUUGAACGCCUGGGCGUCUCUUAAGAAGAUGAGUCAGUACCGUACAGAGGAGGAGGAGUUACAUGAUGUCAGCGUCUACAGGACGAAGUCUCGUAACGAGAGGAAGAAACUCAACCUGUUGCCGUCACUAAAGGAGGAAGAAAAAUCGAAGAAAAAACAGCCAAUUAAAGAGGCCCCUGGAACAAGUACAUUGACAAACACGCAGAAACGAAAAUUAGACAGCAAGAAGGAUAAAUUAAACGGAGGUUCGCCGUCAAAAUUACAAAAGCUUUCGGGAAAGAAAGCCAAGAUUGAAACGAUAUCUAAAGCCCCUUCUGACGAGGAGAGUGUUCAGACUCGGACAAAUGUUAUGCCCUCCGCAGCCUCACCUAGUAAAAAAGACUUAUUUCACACUGGGAAAGGAUGGAAAGUUGAACCCAUUAAGCCUAAAACUGAUGAACUAUUGGCAGAGAAAGCAGCAUUCGGAACCGAUUCUGUGUCCGAAGUUACACCUUCCAAUUCAGCACAGACUGUGACUGUUGAUGCUUCUGUGGCGAGUGUAGGCCCCGGGGGGAAAAGGAAACGUAAACGGAGAAAGAAGAAGAAGGGUGGGGCUGGGGGUCAAGGUCAAGGUCAGAGUCAGGGUCAAGGUCAAAACCAAGACCAAAGUGAAAAGAUGGACGCUCAGAAUGAUAAAGGGAAGAAUGUUCAGAAGAAGGUUAAGAAACCUGUUGUUUCAGAUGACCGACUGAAGGCCUAUGGUAUCAAUCCUAAGAAAUUUAAAUUCAUGGACUUGCAGAGAGCUCCCAAGUUCAAACAGCAGUCAUGACAGUGUUAGCUGUAUUGAUGAUGGCAGUGGGAUGAACAGUUACCCUUAUUGAAAAUGGCAAAAGCUGCUAAAAAACCAUGCGUUUCAGCCAUUGUUUCAGCUACUCAAAAACAUCUGAAGUUGAUAGAGGCUCUUCAGUUGUUGCCCAAACCCAUGGUUGAUGUUCCAGGAAUAACGAACAGUAAACUGUUAAAUUUUCAUAAGAGCAUGCACAGAAAAGAAAAGUGUACACAUUGUAAGAAAUCGACAUGCAUGUGCAUUGUAAUCACAUGCACACACAUUGUAUAUGUACAUACGUACGUAUUCUUAGAUUACAUAUUUUAAUUUGAAAAUGGA